GUAGCGUAAGGGCGCAUCGCUGAUAUUACCAUUAGCACACCUGGCAAACUAGUAACGUUACCAUGGCUGAUCCCGAAAGAGUCGGACCGGCCCCCGCGGCGUACAGAGCGCGAUGUUCUGCACACAGCCUCAGUCUCACCUCGCAGAAAGUACCGGCAGUGGAGUGGACACUCGGUAGGAUCAUUGUUACAACCUUUUCAGACGCAGCGCAAUAGCUAUCCACCAGCUAAAACACAAACAAGACCUGCUCUGGAAUCAGUACAGGAAGUGCUGUUGUUCAAAUCUCCUUUUUUGCUGAUGGUGUUGUGAUCGUGGCACCCAAGUAAUGGAUGGACAUGUACACAGAUUGUUGCUUUUCUUUGGUCUAUUAUCAGUAUUAGGAUUAUUACUGACCAUUAGCUACAUCAAACGUCUGGAGAAAUUAAAUGAUCAACUAAGCAUCCACUUAACCUUUAAGCUUCCUGAAAUUGUGUGGCCAGUGGAGGUAAAUUACACGUACUGUGAACAAUUUGUCCAAAAGCCCACGACAGAAGAGGCCAUAGAAGAGAGACAUUUGCUCGAUUCCAUUGCAUGGCCAGAUCCACCAGUGAAAGACCUCCCUGUGGAGUUCAGCAGUAACCCUGCCAUGAGCUACUUUGUGAUUCAGGGUCCACCAGAGCAACACAUAGGUGAUCAGCUUGUGGUUAAUGUCCAUGUGCACAACUUUUUGGACCUACCUAAGAAACAUGGAGGAGAUUUCCUGAUAGCCAGGUUGCAUUCACCCAAGCUAGGUGCUGGGGUUGCAGGACAGGUGCAUGACCAUGAUGAUGGGACUUAUACAGUGCUGUUCCCAUUGCUGUGGGCUGGUGAAGUGCAAGUAGAAAUUACUAUGGUGCAUCCUAGUGAGGCAGUGGCAGUGCUCAAGAGACUACAGGAAGAGCACCCAGACAGAAUAUUCUACAAAAGCCUGUUCCGCUCCGGCUCCCUGUCAGAGACAACCUUCUGCAACCUGUGCCUGCCGUUCAGUCAGAAACCACUCUGCAACUUUACUGACCCUGUAUCUGGAGAGCCCUGGUACUGCUACAAACCUGAAAAGCUAGGCUGUGACACACGCAUAAAUCAUGCUGUAGGUGGAUAUACAAAAAACCUCAUUUCCGAAUAUGAAGCACAUUUCUUCAAGAGGGGUAUAAAUAUCAAAGUUCCUAUCCCUGCAUCUGCAAUGGGCAAAGUGACUGUAUUACCUGCAAAAAAAGCCAUAGUAGAAAACAGUUACAAUGCUGCUGGCUACUAUUUUAAUUAUACCUGGAGGCCUUUGAGUGGUGCAGCCAUCCAGCAGUUUACUAGCUCAUCAGCCAUAACCCAUUGUCUUAGAGGGAAGAUUGUGUACAUGCUUGGAGAUUCUACUGUGCGUCAGUGGUUUGAGUACCUCACUGCAGUACUUCCUGAUCUUAAACAGUUAAAUCUUUACACUCCUAAGAGAGUAGGACCAUUUAUGGCUGUGGACAGCACCAACAACAUUCUAGUAAGCUAUCGCUGCCAUGGGCCACCCAUUCGCUUCACGACAGUGCUCUCCUCUGAGCUGCACUAUGUAGCAAAUGAGAUAGACAGGAUACAAGGGGGGCCGAACACGGUCGUUCUUGUGAGUGUGUGGUCUCACUUCAGCUCAUUUCCUUUUGAGAACUACAUACGGCGCCUCCGGCACAUCCGCAAGGCUGUGGUGCGGCUGCUGAACCGUGAUCCAGAAACAUUGGUGGUGAUCCGCACUGCCAACCUGCAGAAGCUGGGCAGAGAGAGCAGUAUGUUCAACAGCGACUGGUCCUAUCUGCAGAUUGAUACUGUGCUGCGUGCCAUGUUCAAAGGACUCAAUGUGAAGAUGCUGGAUGCUUGGGAGAUGACACUGGCCCACCACCUACCCCAUGACCUACACCCACCCCAACCCAUUAUCAAAAACAUGGUUGAUGUCAUCCUCUCCUAUAUCUGUCCAGCUGGGAAAAUAUAGAAUAGUGAAAAAAUAAAAUCUUGUGUAAAACUUCAUAGCAUAUCAGUUCGACAUAAAAAAUAACUAAAACUAAACUAUAACUAAAAUAACAAAACUGUGAAGUGUCUGACAUCACAGAGACAAAAGAAGGUGUAAGGAGGAUACAGAGAAAGUAAACAUUAAAAAUAAAACCUGCUCCACCUAAAUUUGCAGAAGGUGUAAGGAGGAUACAAAGUAAAUAUUAAAAAUAAAACCUGCUCCACCUUUGCAUACGCCUCCAGUGUUUCAACCCGCCAUGUGAAGAAAAUAAUAAUUUCAUUAUUUGUUAUUAAUUACACCAGUAAAUGACUGUACAGUGUCAUAUUUACUACUGUUCUAAUCUGAUUUCUCAGUAGGUAUGCAUUAUUUUCAGAUAACAGCAUGUGUCAUUCAACUGUAAUGAUAAGUUAAUAUUAACCCACUCUUUCUAGUGCAUUAUUGUUUUUAAUGGCCAGGGGCAUUGCUAGGCAUAAAUUUCUAGCAAUGCCAUAUAAAACAAACCUAUGUAAUGAAUCUUGCAUUCAGUAAAAACUGUUGCAAUUUUCCCUGUCAUUGUCAUUAUAGUAAACAUCUGGUCCACAUUUUAGAUCUGGCACAAGUUACCCAAAUAUUGUUGCAGACCAAGUACACCUCUUUAGAGUAUUUAUAUUCUUUAAUGCCAUUGGUCUUUAUCAGCAGGAUAAUGCUCCCUGCCACACUGCAUAAAUUGUUCCAGAAUGGUUUGAGGAACCGUUCAGGGUGCUGAAUUGGGCUCAAAAUUCUACAGAUCUCAAUGUGACUGAGCAUUUGAGGGAUGUGCUGGACAAACCAGUCCAAUCCAUGUAGGCCACACCUCACAUCUUAAAGGACAUAAGGAUCUACUGCUAAAAUCUUGGUGCCAGAAACCAAAGCACACCUUCAGAGGUCUUGUGGAGUCCAUGCCUCCACAGGCCAAAUCUGUUUUGGCAGCAAAAGGGAACCUACACAAUAAUAAGCAGGGUUUUCAUGGCUGAUCAGUGUAUGUUGAAACACAGUAAAAGUGUUAUUUUUAAAUCAUUGUUCAGAUUUAGUCUAACUUACAUUUCUUAAAGUGAUAACACAUUUCUUUACAUAGGUACCAGUGAGGUGCAUUAAUGCUGAAUGAUUUAAUUAAUAUAUAUUUCACAAUAAGGGAUAUAAUAUUCCCAAAUAAAAGUUAAUAACCAUCACCUAAAUUUAUCAGCAUUUAUGGUGCUCUUUUUGUGCUGUUGGUGAAAUGUCUUCAGUGUUGUUGGAAGAUCUUUUAUAUUACAAGGCACUUAACACCUGCCUCUUAACAAAUGUAAGACAAGAUUUGAGGAUAUUUGAAAACAUUGUGGAUUCACAAAAAAUAAAAUACUUUCAACUUUGGGCCAUUUUGGGAUUUGUAUUGGUUAGCCCAUACUGUACUUGCUGAAUCUUUCCCAUACAUGGCCAGUGAGCAUGUUUGUUGGAACUCUAUUAAUUAAUUACUCUAUUAAUCCUUAAGGGAAAAUUUAUUCUUCCAUAUAUUUUAAUAUAAAAAAUAAUGACACUGAUGUGCACAAUAGCAUAUUAAUAGAAAUAUUUAAAAAGAAAAGUUCCACAAGACAUAAUAUAUAUUAUAUUUACACAGUCCUGUGUACACAGUCUAAUCCUCUUAGACACAUUAUCCCUAUAUUGUUACACGCCCAGUGCUCCUGAGUCAAUACUAGAACAUUGAAUUCAUUGCCAAAGCAUGUGCUUGUAGAAAUUGGUUCGUGAAUUUAUUUUGUCACACAAGAAUCACACAUUCUUUUAUGCUUUAUAUGACUGCCAAAUUUCUACCUUCUGCAAAUCUGAAAAAUUUAAACAGAGCAAGUUGAACACAGCAUUUUUCAUUUUAAUGUAGUAUACAUGACACUGUGAUCUCUACUCAUGUCACAAAAUGCAGUUCUCCCCUUGAUAUGACUUGAGAUGUGAUAUGCAAUUGCAAGACUGCAACCAAGUAAAAGAAAAAAAAAACACAACAGGCACGUAAAUAAAAUAUUUUUCACACAUCUUUCAGGAACGCUUCACAGUUUGCUUGAGUCUGUUGCCUUGAUAGUCUCAGAUUCCUGUUUUUGGCUGGCAGGAGUGAAAACUGAUGUGGUUUUCUGCUCUUGUAGCUAAUCCACCUCAGGGUUUGAUGUGUUUUGUGUUCUGAGAUGCUCUUCUGCUAACCAUGCUUGUAAAGUGUGCUUAUUUGAGUUACUGUAGACUUCCGGUCACUACCGUAAGCUUGUAGGCUUGCAGUCCAGUGUUUCAGACGUCAAGACCCCUAUUUGUCACAUCAUUGUGUGUAAACACAAGAGACUGUUCAAUUCAAUUCAAAUUAUUUAUUUGUAUAGCACUUUUAACAAUAGACAUUGUCUCAAAGCAGCUUUACAGAAGUAUAGAAACAUAGUGAGAAGAUAUAUAUAAAGUUUAAAGUUAAGUAAGUAUUCUAUCCCUAUAUUUUAUCCCUAUAUUUUAUCCCUAAUGAGCAAGCCUGAGGUGAAUGUGGCAAGGAAAAUAUCCCUUGGAUGAUAUGUGAAAGAAACCUUCAGAGGAAUCAGUCUCAUUUGGGUAUGUGUUGUGUAGCACAAUCAGCGAUGAAACGCCAGAAGCAGCAACAGAUGACAUCAUGGAUAAAAAGAAGGCAAAGAGAUGUGAGUUGGUUGAUUCAGUAAAUUAGCUCAGGUCAGGAUAAUCUUAUUUUCUGUCUACACCUGUUGAUGUUAGCCUAACGUUGACUGAACUAACCUUAACAUACACUGUUGUUGCUAGGUAACUUCAGACUGUUAGCUAAAUAUUUAAUGUAGAUUAGAACAUUCACCAUGAAAACGAGUUCACUUUAAACAGCGCAUUUUCUGACAAGCAGACUCUGGAUGCUUUAAUGUUAGACUCAGUAUGAUCAUAACUCGUUUGUCAUUAUCAUUUGUGUUGUUUUCAUAUCAGAGGACAGAUUGGGUGGAUAGUUAGGAUACAUGGAGAGAUGGGAUUGAAUGGAUAGAUGGAGGACAAUGAAAUUUUUUUUUUUCAUGUUUGUGAGAUUGUGACAAUCUUGCAUCCUGUGUAAGUAGUGUAUCUAUUGUGUUAUCAAUUUUCCCAUCCUUUUGGAUUACAGAAGUAAAGAUCGUUAUUCCUACCCUGCUAUAAUACAGUGUUGGAUGCAUAAAAAUGAUCUACUUUAGGUAUUUGUGCUGCACAGAAAAUUAGCACCAGGAAUGUAAAUAUUUUAAUUUGUUCAUUAACUAAGGGUGGUUGUUUAUGCAUGAAAGACAAUUAUUAAAGUAAUGGUCAACAUUUUCAUUUAAUUACAUAUUAAUUUUUCUGCUGUGUAUCUGCAUUUCAUAUUAUAAAAUAGUGAUGUAACACACAGUUCAUAAAAGCUUUUGCCUUUUCUAUUCAAAGUGGGUGAUCAACAAGUUAUCUGCUUGUUAGUCUAAUAUAAGUUAAUAUAAGUCAUGAUUUCAUCAUGAUGAGACUGAAACAUGUGCAUUACCUAAUUUGAUAACUGUGAUUAACCUAAUGCCAAUCAGCAACUACUGGUAAAAAAGGUUACUAAACUUGUUAUUCUAAACCUUGUUUGCACUAACAUUCCAACUGCUUACAACGCUACACCCCACCCUGCCUUGACUGCUCAAAAAACACCUCUAUUAUGUCUAUUCUAAUAAAGAGUGACUUCUGAAAUGUCUGAAACCAGUUCUAAACAGGUGAAAAGCAGUGAUUGUGUUGAUGUCAUUGUAUCACCCAUGUUCAUAGAUGUAUUUAUUUAUUUGUUUG